GCUCAAUGUCGACCGCCACUAAGGAUUCGCCGAAGGGCAAUGCCAACAAAGAUGCACCAUCACUGGGUCGCACGUCUCCUAUGCUUUCCUACUUUUGUGUAUACAAUCCAACGGUUGGAAACAAAAACGAUGAAAACAACAAAGAGCAGAUUCUGUUCUAUACAGCAAAGAAAGUCGUUCCCUUAGACGUCAAACUACGACAAGUGGGUUUGGCACAGGCUCUAGUGAACUUCACAUCCGCAUUUUCUCCAUCGAAAUCAGUACAAACAGUUCAUACACAAAAAGCUCGGCUAGUAUUUUUUCAAGCUGAACCCAACUUCUGGUUGCAUAUGUCGAUUGAACUUGGAAUAUCGCGGUAUCAAAUUCGAGAUGCAAAUGGAAAGCUUCGAACCGUUACAGAUUAUUUAGAUGCAGAGUUGAAUGAUGAUGCUGUAGAGGGCAUCUUGCACGCUGGCUAUCAGAUGUACAAGCUGCUCAAUGGCACAUUUGCCUCUGUUCUUCCUCAUGACGCCAAUACCGCAUCUCUUCAAGCAAUACGACGGUUGAAGAAUAGCAUCGAAGAGUUUUUCUCGGAUUGGAUAUGGAAAUGGGAUUUUGAUAGACUCGAAAGCAUGUUGUUUUCGUCUGUUUUCAACGGAAUUCCUAUGCAGCCGAUUUUGAGGCAGUCCUAUCUGAAAAUACACAAUAUAACAGAAACCAUUGCCGAUGAUAUGAAGCUAGAUAUCAAACACUUACUUGUGUUCAACAAAGACAACGCCUCGUUGAUAUAUCAUAAUCCGCAACUUGCACUCAGCAGCGUGCAACUACUUAGAAAACUAAUUGUCCGACUUUUGGAAAGAUGGAGUGAUAUGCGUAAAGCAGAGGAAUGGCGAAGGACUGCCAAUGAAGAGCCUGUAGCAUCAAAAAAGGAUCCGAAGAUCACCAGCUUAAAAUCUUUAACAAAAUCCUUUUCGCAAAAGAAUAUCCUGAGUUAUUUUGGAUCUCCUUCCUUGAAGCCGACCAGCGCUCCAGGAUCAGUGCCAGAUUCACCAAUCGCUUCGCCAGAACCAAACCUGAUUGCAGCUUUGAAUGUGACGCCGGAAAUAGCAUCAGAUUCAUCUGGGACUCCGUCCCCUGCUCCUUCGUUGCGUCAAGGCGUCUUUCUUAGUGGUUUAAUGAAAAGUACCUUGCAUGAUAGCAGUUCCGACCCACAGCAUCAUAGGAACGUCGAUAUCAUCAAAGUGUACUUGGACGGCGAUUCAGAUGAGUGCAACGAACUGUCACAUCAGGAUGCUUGUGAGGAUCUCCAAGAGUACUACUUUGUGGUAUAUAAGGUAUGUGUUGUUGUUGAUGGCAAGCAAUAACACCUUUCGAGAUUAAGUUUCUUACUAUUCAUAUGUUCCUGUAGCACACAUCCCAAACGCUAUGGUGCUUUCUCGUACCAGCGUCAGGCGAACAUAUUGAGAGCCGAGUGUAC